CAAUUCCCGGCGGGAAGCGCGGUGAAGGGGGGUGGGAUCUGAACAUGGCUGCGGUGGUAGCUGCUACGGCGCUGAAGGGCCGGGGGGCGAGAAAUGCCCGCGUCCUCCGGGGGAUUCUCUCAGGAGAGAAGGCUUCCCAGAACCGGACCCGGGCGCUGCAAAGCCACAGCUCCCCGGAGUGCAAGGAGGAGCCGGAACCCUUAUCUUCUGAACUGGAAUACAUUCCUAGAAAGAGGGGCAAGAAUCCCAUGAAGGCUGUGGGACUAGCCUGGUACAGCCUGUACACGCGCACCUGGCUUGGGUACCUCUUCUACCGACAGCAGCUGCGGAGGGCUCGGAAUCGCUACCCCAAGGGCCACUCCAAAACUCAGCCCCGCCUCUUCAACGGAGUGAAGGUGCUUCCCAUCCCCGUCCUCUCGGAUAACUAUAGCUACCUCAUCAUUGACACCCAGGCCCGGCUGGCUGUGGCUGUGGACCCUUCAGACCCUCGGGCCGUACAGGCUUUCAUUGAAAAGGAAGGUGUUAACUUGGUCGCCAUUCUCUGCACCCACAAGCACUGGGACCACAGCGGAGGGAACCGUGACCUAAGUCGGCGGCACCGGGACUGCCGAGUGUAUGGGAGCCCCCAGGAUGGCAUCCCUUACCUUACCCACCCCCUGUGUCAUCAAGAUGUAGUCAGUGUGGGGCGCCUUCAGAUCCGGGCUCUGGCUACCCCGGGCCACACACAAGGCCAUCUGGUCUACCUGCUGGAUGGGGAGCCCUACAAGGGCCCCUCUUGUCUCUUCUCAGGAGACUUGCUCUUCCUCUCCGGCUGUGGGCGGACCUUUGAGGGCACUGCGGAGACCAUGCUGAGCUCACUGGACACUGUGCUGGGGCUGGGGGAUGACACGCUGCUGUGGCCUGGUCAUGAGUAUGCGGAAGAGAACCUGGGAUUUGCAGGUGUAGUGGAGCCUGAGAACCUAGCCCGGGAGAGGAAGAUGCAGUGGGUGCUGAGGCAGAGAAUGGAGCGCAGGAGCACGUGCCCAUCAACCCUGGGAGAGGAGCGCUCCUACAACCCCUUCCUGAGGACCCACUGCCUGGCGCUGCAGGAGGCUCUGGGACCAGGCCCGGGCCCAAUGGAGGACGAUUGCUUCUCCCGGGCUCAGCUCCUGGAAGAACUGCGUCGCCUGAAGGAUCUGCACAAGAGCAAGUGAUGCCCCCACCCCACACCAGCCCAUCCCCAAGGCGGGGCAACUGCCCACUGCUGCACCUCAUCAUCCCUCUCAUUGCCACCACCACCACCUCCAUCAGCACCCAGAGCUGCCAUCCUUCCACCACUGGUCAGGGGGAGGAGGGACAAUCCCUGCGACUG